AUGGACUGUGCUGUAGACGCAGCAUGCUGCUGUCAUUCUGAAGCCCCUGUUUAGCUUUCAGUGGAAACACUUCAAAAAACUUUCAAACCCUCUUGCAAAAUCCCCUUCUAAGCAGACCCCACCCUUCACAGAUAUACCAGCACACCCACACACACACACUCUGCAUCACUGUCAGCACGGUCUAAAACUAGAUAAGUGAGAUUAGCAUAAGCAGCCAGCUUCCUUUCACACACACACACACACACACACAAACUCAGUGGAUACUGAAUUGAGAGCUUCCAGCAGGACCUGAGCAGCAGAUCUGCUUCUCAGUGGGGGCUUUAUUUAAAGGAUACCUGUGAGCGGCACAGAGGAAAAGACGGGACUCUAGAGGGUGAAGAAUCUGCAGAAAAGAAAAUGUCUCAAAGUUGCUUAAAAUUCCUGAAAUAUGCUCUGAUCAUGUUCAAUUUUAUAUUUUGGCUCUGUGGGGGCAUCAUCCUGGGACUGGGUAUCUACCUCAUGAUGACCUCCAAGUACGGCUCCUUGCUGCCCAGCCAGCCCUCCUUGAGUGUGGCCAACACUCUCAUCGUCUUGGGGACCAUCGUCAUGGUGGUGUCCUUUCUUGGCUGCCUGGGGUCCCUCAAGGAGAACAAGUGCCUUCUCAUUACUUUCUUCAUCCUUCUGCUUAUCCUCAUGAUGAUAGAGAUUGCAGUGUCCAUCUUUCUCCUAAUCUAUGAAGAGAAGAUUGAUGGUUUUCUGUUGAAAGAGUUUGGGGCCAGCCUGAACAAAUAUACACACAGCAACAUUACACAGGGCACUCAGGAGUGGGAUGUCAUGCAGCGUGAGUUAAAGUGUUGUGGAGUUACAGGAAAAGACGACUGGAAUGGAACCGUGCCGUUAUCCUGCUGUAUGGAGUUAAACUGUGAAAAAGAGAAGACCUAUUGGAAAGAGGGUUGCUAUGAAAAACUGAAGCAGUGGUUCGAGUACAACUAUCUGAAUGUGGGAAUCGGCGUCAUUGUUAUAUCUAUUAUUCAGGUGCUGGGCAUGUCAUUUGCCAUGACUCUGUACUGUCACGUUUCCAAAUCCGGCGACUCUUCCCACUGAGCGAUGAAGAAGUGCGUUAUCACUUCCCUCUUCUCCUCCUCUCCCCUCCCCGAGUACAGCCAAGGAGAAUGAAGAAGAGCUCCCGACCCCCUAUCACUUUUCAAGGACUGGCUGUCGAGCCCUCGCUGAAUGGUGGAGUUACUCAUUAGAACAGUCAUCUCCUCCAAACCCGAAAACAGAACCAGACUCAGAUUUCACUUUGUCCUUGGCGACGCUGUCAACAAGUGGGUUUACUCCCAAUGAAAAUAUUUUUGGUCAAGUCCCCCUACUCAGGGAAAACAUAACCUCCUCUCCCUUACCCGACAACUCCUUGUGAUCAUUCCCCAUCUCGUUAUCAUUUCCUGGCUUGUUCAAAACCUUAACCCAAACAGAGACUGAUGAACACACACAAUCACACUCAAUCGGCUGGUCAAAAGUAAUUUCAGAAGGGCAAUUAAAAUGAUUGUAAUGCAGGAAUAGGGCUCCUCUGAACGCGGUCAAACAGGCGGUAAAUACAGUAUAAUCGUAAAUCUCGACUAGUCAUCUUUGUAUUACUUUAGUAUAAAUACAUGUUAA